ACCACCAAAAAAAUCAACGAAGUUACGAGAGAAACUCUGGUGUUGCUGUCUGAUUGCUGGAAAGAUGGCUAAUAAUAGGUAAGAGACGUAUUUAUUUUUUAAUGUGUUCUUCAAAUGCUAUGAUGAUUUUGUUCAGUUAGUAAUUAGCGAGUUUGUUUUUUAUGUAGUGGUUUUAGAAGAUUUGAACUAGCUGUUCGGUGGAAAUCAGAGAAGGUAGAGGACAAUUUGGGCGCCCAUUUCGUUGGUGGUAGAAGUUUUCAGUUGACGGUUCCAUCCAGAGUGAACUAUCAUAAACUUUGUGAUAAUCUAAUUCGGAGAAUACGGCGUAAAGACGAAGCAGUACAAGAUAGUGUUGUGAAUACAGGUUGCACUUAUUGUCUUCCAAAAUGGCAGAGUGGGGGUUUUAUUCUAUUAUAUGCGAUGCCUAUUGUGGAUGGUGAUAGCUUGAAUGUACUUUGAAAUUUUAUGGCACAAAACCCUUAUUGUUUGGGUGCUGAGAUACAUGCUGAGUUUAGUGAGGAUCGGGGUGGAGAGGAAGAAGAUGACACAUGGAGCAUGCCAUCCGAUCAUGACUAUGAUGACGGUGAUGACGGAGAGGAGGAAGAUGAUGAUGAGGAGGAGGAGGAGGAGGAAGGAGAGCAGCCUAAUUAUCCUCCGUAUUUUUACUUGCAGGGUAAUGAAGAGGGCGAUGAAUUAUGUGUUGCUGAUUCAUAUGGCGUAAUUCCAAUGCCUAUUGUUGCUAGUUUUGAUGGAGAAUUCUACAAGGGGCAUAUAUUUUACUCCAAACAAGCUGCUCAGGUGGCGAUUAAACACUAUGCACUACAACGCAACUUUCAGUAUAACGUGGUGGAGUCGUCACCUUCGAUCUGGAAGAUCAAAUGUUUGAAGCACAAGGAUGACAAUUUUUCUUAGAUGGUGUGGUUUGGAUGUCGAGAUGUGGGAGGCGAAUGGACUGUGAGAAAGGCCGAGUUGGUGCAUUAUUGUAGCAGUACGACUCAACCGACUGAUCAUCGCCAUCUUGAUGUCGACGUUAUAUCUGGGUUCGUGAAACACUUGGUACGUGCCCAACCAAAUCUGAGUGUUCUAACUGUGCAGGCCGAGAUGAAAGAUAAGUUUAAUAUGCAAGUUACUUAGAAAAAUGCUUGGUAUGGGAAACAAAGAGCAUCGGAGAAGUUGCAUGGGAAUUGGGAAGAAUCCUACGACUAUUUGUAAACAUUCUUGCGGGUGGUAAAGAGAAAGAUGCCAACAUCGGUGAUUGAUUGGGUAAGAAUUCCUUCAGCUCAACCAGGAUAUUCGAUAUUUCAGCGAGUAUUCUGGGCUUAUGGACCUUGUAUAGAUGGAUUCAAUAAUUGUCCAGGAGUCAUGGUUGUUGAUGGAACAUUUCUUACUGGAAAGUAUAAAGGCGUGCUACUCAUGGCGAGCUCAUUUGAUGGCCGGAAGAAGAUUUUUCCAAUUGCAUUUGCCAUAGUGGAGAACGAGAAUACUGAUAGUUGGCCAUGGUUCAUUAGUCACUUUCAAGGUUUGACCGAUCGAAAUGAUGUAUGCAUCAUUUUAGAUAGACAUGCGGGACUCUAUGAAGCCAUGAAUAACAUCGGAAGAGGCUGGGAGUGGAGGUGGUGCAUGCGAUACUAUGCAAGCAAUUUGCAAAGGAAGACUAAAAGCAGGAUUAUGUAUAAGCAACUAUUUCGAGUCGUUAAGCCUUUUUCAUUUAUUUUUGUUAUUUAUUUUAAUGUAUUAUUUAUUUUAAUGUAAUUUUUUCAUGAAUCUAUCUAACUCGUGUGGUUGUUUAUUUUGUUAGCCGGAGAAAAAUGAUUGGAGAAGUUCGAUCGUCAAGUUGAACAAUUUAAGAAGGUGGUCGUUGAUAAAAAUAUUUCUUGUGAUAACCGGGUGGACCAACAUCAGAUUCAUUGGAUCUUAGCACAUGAUAACUACAAUGGUGGGCGUCGUUGGUCUAUCAUGACAUCCAACAUGGCAGAGAGCAUCAAUGGUGUUUUCAAAGGUAUUCAUUCACUUCCUAUAGCUUCUCUUGUGCAACAUACCUAUUGGAGAUUGUUGGAGAAAUUCGAUAAGAUGAGGUUGGAGACAGAAGCACAAAUUAGAAGUGUUCAUAGUACUCCAUCAAGUGCGAAGAGCUGAUGAAGCCGUGGUCACAAAAGGUAGUUGGACAUUCCGUGACAGCGGUUGAUCAACGUCAAGGCAUCUAUGUAGUUCAGACUCCUCCCAAGUCCCAACAAUUUCAACAUGACGGGUUCAAACACACUCACAGUGCACUUCGACGACAGCAACCGGACGGGAUUUUGCACUUGUGGGAAAUUUCAAGGAAAUAAAAUUCCUUGCUCUCAUGCCAUUGCAGCUUGCAACCGAAUGGGGGCUGAUCCGUAUAGGUUUGUAAACAACGUUUACAAGCUUUCAACAGUGUUGGCUUGUUAUGGGACAAGUUUCACACCUCUUGGUGAACCUAAGGGUUGGAAGAAGUAUAAUGACCCUACUCUCCAUCCUAAUUUGCACAUGGUUAGGAAGUCGGGGAGGCCAAGAUCAACAAGAAUUCACAACGAAAUGGAUUGGCCAAGGGAGGGUGCAUCACACCAAGUGUGUGGCAACUGUAACCAAGAGGGACAUAAUGCAUCAACAUGUGGUGGCCAGACAAGUGGGAGUGGGAGCAAUUGAAGAGGGAGUGGUGGCCGACAAAGUGCGAGAGGUGGUAGAAGAUGGUUAUUCUGCAGGUACCCCCAGAUUUAGUAGGCUCUGCUGUCACUCAUGUGGCAUGUGGGUUGCUAUGUUCCUAGGUUAUCAAAAUUCACAAUUGUAAAAAAAAAAAAAAUUGCUCAUCCACAAGGCAAAGUAAAUGCAGUGGUUGAUU